AGGAGCGCCGCUGUACCUGGCACACUGAGGCUUUGUGGAUACCGAUGCUGAUGUGGGCUCUCGGGCUGGGAUAUACUGCUAAUACGAUCGCAGGCUGAGGAUGGAGGAGGAGCUGACUGAAGCAGAGCACCCCAACAUGGAGGGCACUACUGUCCCACCAAAGACAGGCACGUACCCCGAGGUGAACGGAGACCUGCCUGGGCACCCUUACCUGCUGGAUGGGAUAAUGGAGAGCCCUGAGAGAGAGCUACAAUAUCCCGAAGAGUAUAAUGAGAGUCUGGGGGAGAAGAUGCCUUUCCACCAUGUGACGGCUGGUCUGCUCUACAAAGGCAACUAUCUGAGCCGCUCCCUCAGUGACAGUGACAGUGACGUACUGGCCAGCAUCUCUGUGGAGGAGCUCGAUGAGAUCCGUGAGGCGUUCAAAGUGCUGGAUCGAGAUGGGAAUGGCUUCAUCUCCAAACAGGAGCUGGGGAUGGCCAUGCGGUCACUGGGGUACAUGCCCAGUGAGGUGGAGCUGGCUAUUAUCAUGCAGAGACUGGACAUGGACGGUGAUGGGCAAGUGGAUUUUGAAGAGUUCAUGACGAUCCUUGGACCCAAACUCCUCUCAUCAGAAACAAGAGAGAGUUUCCUCGGCAGCACAAUAGACACCAUCUUCUGGCAGUUCGACAUGCAGCAGAUCACACUGGAGGAGCUCAAACAUAUUCUGUUCUACGCCUUCCGUGACCACCUGACCAUGAAGGACAUCGAGAACAUCAUCAUCAACGAAGAAGAGUCCCUCAAGGAGAACGCCGGCAACUGUCAGACAGAGUUUGAGGGAGUGCACCCGUCUAAAAAGAACCGCCAGACGUGCGUGAGGAAGAGUCUGAUAUGCGCCUUCGCCAUGGCCUUCAUCAUCAGCGUCAUGCUCAUCGCUGCCAAUCAGAUGCUGCGGAAUGGCAUGGAGUAACGCAGGAGUGACCACACCCACUGCUCCACGUUCCCAUAACAACUCGAGACGUUUCCAGUGUCCACCCAGUCUCCAAUGAAAACUGUGAAGCCAGCACGAGGAGUGGAAGUAAAGCUCCUCCCCCUUUCCUUUUGAUAGGGAACCUCAAGGGCUGACACUCACAUCACUGUCACUGUUGAUGCAAUAAUUAGACUGACCCAUUCUCAGUGUAGGGGCUUCCAGCAGGGGUCACCAUCACCACACUGCAGCAUGGAGGGGCAUAGGUGGACCUCUCAUUAUACAAGCUGGAGAGGAUGAUGGGACAGUGGACCAAGAUCCCAGUAACUUUCAGUUUUCAGCUUGAGAAAAUGCAAGGUGCUGCCAUCAGCUUAUCUGUCCAACAAACCCAAACGAAAAUGUCAAGUAGCUGGAGAGGUUGAGGCAGCAGUCAGCAAGUUUGAAUAUAAGUGGGAAAGUCUGUAUACUGGAAAACCCCAAGACAUACAUUGUUAUCUAGAUAGUGUUUCAUUUAAGAAAAAGUUCACCCUUACAUUAUUUCAAAUCAGUAGGAACAUCUCAUGCACAGAGUGAGAAUGCUACCAGUGGUGGAAGAAGUCCUC